CCGGCUUUCGUUCAAAUUAAUGGUAUCAACCCACAACAAGUGCAACCUGUCCUAGCAUAUAUCGCCACGUCCAAAGACGAAUUGAUCCGCAAAUCUUCUUUCGCCAUUCACGACAAUGGUUCGUUGUCUAGGCUCAGGCCCACGUUUUAUCCAGGGCAAACUUGGACAAAGGCGCACGCCGUCUCAUGACGGAAGGCGGCGAGGAUGAGGAGCGACACACAAAGCAAGAAGUCGGGCCGGAGUGCCAUCGAAGGUUCGUCUUUGUUAGGAAUUUCCAACCAAAGGACUGCCAACGUGGUUGGUCCCAUCGAACCACCCAACCUACUAUUCCCACCCUUCUAGUGAGAAUCUAGGCCGGCUCGAGGAUUGCAAACGUUACAACACCCCUCAACAUGACUGCCAAUAUGCCUCUACCACAGAGCCCAGAUAUCUCCAGCUCGACCUUGGGGUGGUCAGGACCAGACGCGCCCGUCCAUCACCCACUCGCGCCCCCACCGCGCAGAGAGGUCGAGAGGUACGGGAAGAGAGCACUGCCGCCGGUACCGCUCCACAGACAUUCUGGCGUGUCUGCUUUCAGCAAGGAAGUGGACGACGCCCUGGCCACUCCUGCGCCCGUGGUCAGUCCUGCCGAGGGUAGUAUCUAUCUCAUGUUCUGUGACGAGCCUACGGAUAACGGACACGCUGAGAUUACCUACAACCCAGACAAACCUGCAGAUAAGCACCUUAAGAAAGAGGGACUGAAGGUCAAUACGGCCGGCGUCCCAGGAGCAGGGUUCGAGACGCUUCGAUCCCCACAGCCACAGCACAAACUGUCCAUCUCCAAGAUACAGAAGAUGUCGGGCAUUAACGCCCCGACCUACCGAGAGACGACGCCGACGGGGCACGAUUCUGCGAAGAAGAUCCAGAGAGUCACAGGUAUUGGGGUUCCUUCAGAGGCUAUCCAACAGCAAAAGCGAAUCCGGGAAGAGCACAAAAUACAGACACACGGCGAAGAAGUCUCUCCUUUGAGCAACAGCGGCAGUGACUACGGCUUAGAGGAGCCUAAAACGGCCGUUUCCGAGUUAGACGGCGAUGGGGAAGGGCACGGCAAAGGCUACUUCUCGAGGUCAGGCUGGGGCUAUUUUGGCUCCGGCCAUCCCUAUCGACGGAAGUACUGGCUCAACCGCCCUGCCGAGUACGGCGGGUAUUCACCGCGACCCCUUCUUUCGCCUCGGCUGGAAAGUGAACGGGCGAGCCCCGGAUGGAAUUCACCGAGCAAAUUCACUCCGGAUCUUUACCACGAAACGAUAAAGGAAGUUGCACAAGCAGGCGCACACUCGCCGCUGGAGGAUAACAGGAUCAGGCGGGCACAGCUUGCUACACAACAGUUCCUCCAAGGGAGCAACACAAGCAGCACCGGUAGCCACGGCAGCCCCGGCCCCAAACCACUUCCUCCUUUGCCAGUCCAGCACGGCCACCACCGCCAACCGGGACACUCUUCAGACACCCGGCCUUCAGGCAGCGCCGAACGCAUCCAACCCGUGUGGCGGCCCUCCAACCCCCAACAAGAAGCCCCCCGCGCAGUGAGCGCCAGCACCUUUGGACGACACCCUAACCGCUUCCACGCGCAGCAACACUCAACCACGCCAUCCCCAUCCCCAUCCCGCGACCCCCAACCCCCCAGCAAAUUCGACUUCGACUCCGACUCCGACACCAACCCCAACACCACCGGCACCCCCAACACCGGCAGCUCCAUCCCCGUCUCCAUCCCCAGCGACCUCAGCGAGGGCACCACCCCCAACCGGCCCCACCGCCGGCACCGGCACCGCCACAGCAGCAGCGGCGGCGGCGGCGGCGGCGGCAUCAUAGCCAAGGUCUUCCACCACCACCGCACCUCCGCCACCUCCAUGACCACCGCCCCAGGCACGCCCCCGCCGCCCGUGCCGACCAACACCCCGCAGCAACCCUCCUUCCCCCAGGGCACCACCACCACCACCACCACCACCGCCACCACCUACCCCCCCAGCCUGCGGCCGAGUUCGAACCCGAACCCGUACCCGUACACGCCCUCCCAGCCCUCAAACCCAAACCCAAACACGAACCCCGGCUUGGGGGGGCCCAAAUCAAAGACGGCGGUUGCUUCCCUCGCGGCGCGCACUACUGGUCUGGUUGGGGCCGCGGCGGAUUUUAUUCUGGCUAGGGCGGCGGGGGCGGGGACGGAGGAGAGGAGGCGGCAGAGGUUGAAGAGUAGUAUUCGGGUGCUGGGGGAUGGGGGGCAGGUCUUGAGUGGGGGUGAUGGGGAUGGGAAUGGGAAUGGCGCACUGGCGCCCGAGACCAUGAGCGCAUCUCUCCCUACCGAGGAGCAACCGCCAGUGCAAGUGCAAGUCGGCUCGCCAGAACACCAGGAAGAAGUCCAGACGGUCAUCCAGAGUAUCCAAGACGCUCCGGCCUCCGACACCGCUCUUCCGCUUCCGGCCGAUUUAGACGGAGAAGCCGCUGAGUUACCCUCCGAAGUCGACGAGGAAGAAGAAGAAGAAGAAGAAGAAAGGCACGAGGGAUCCAAUUAUUGGGAUGCAUCGACCAUGGCUCCGCUGAAUGCAGCUUCGGCGGCCGCCAUUGCCCGGCUAAGGGCUUACAAGCCACCACCGUUCCCGCUCUGGGACCGCCUCCCAGUUAGUCGCCGUGCAGCGGUACUAAUGCUCCUGUACGCCGACAAACGGGGUGAUUUGCGCGUUGUCAUCACCAUGCGCGCCGCCAGCCUGCGCAGCUUCUCGGGACAUGCCGCCCUCCCGGGAGGCAAAGCCGACACCCUAGACGAGUCACCUUACCAAAUCGCCCGCCGCGAAGCCUGGGAGGAGAUCGGCCUCCCCCUCGACGACAACAAGCUCCCGGCGCCCUUCCGCAUCGAGCACCUCUGCUACCUGCCCAUGAACCUAGCCCGCACCGAGCUCGUCGUGCGCCCCUGCGUCGCCCUUCUCCACACGGGCGACACUGCCGCCACAACCAACCCCACUCCCACCACCACCACCACAACAAAGCCCCCCGCGAGCCCGUCCCCCACGGUAGAGGAGUCACUCAUCCCGCGACUCGAUGCCAAGGAAGUGGCGGCGGUCUUCUCAGCACCGUUCCACAACUUCCUACGUGAGACCGACGAGGUCCCAGCACCACCACCACCACCAGCAACACCACCGACAACACCAGCGCCGUCGGCAUCAACAGCAGCAGCAGCAACAGCAGCAGCAACAGCAGCGCCCGCUGCCGCACCACGACCGCUGCCGGCGGGCAACUGGUACGAGGGCAGCUGGACAACGUGGCACGACUCGCAGUGGCGCAUGCACUUCUUCUACGUGCCCGUGACCGACCAGACGGUGGUCAAGCCGCGCGUGCGCGAGGGCGGGCUGGCCGCGCUGUCGGAGGGGGAGGGCGAAGGGGAACGGGGUGGGGAGGAGGGGGGCGGAAAGAAUAAAGAUGGGGAUGGGGAUGGGGAUGGGGAUGGGGCCGGAAAGAAAAAGGUGGCGGGGGGAGGGGAGCUGGAGCGCUACAAGGUGUGGGGCAUGACGGCGCGCAUGCUGGUCGACGCCGCGACCGUUGCGUACGCCGAGCGGCCCGAGUUUGAGCACAACCGCCAUUUUGGGGAUGAGGGCAUCAUUGAGACGCUGGCGAGUAUCGGUCGUAUGGGGGAGAAGAAGAGGGCGGGGAGUGUGGUGUCGGCCGAGGACUGGAAGAAGGCGAAGGAGGCGGAGGCGAAGAGGGCGAAAGAGAAGGAGAAGGAAAAGGAGAAGGGGGAGCCGAGUAAGAUGUAG